UGGCGUCACGCGGCGCGCGAGGGCCGCCGCAGGGAGCGGCGGCGCAGGCGGAAGAAUGUCAGUGGCUGCAUACUGUGUAUUUUGCUACAGAAAAAUAGGAACCUCUGGCUCAGCCACAAAAAAACCCUGGAAUGAUAUCAGAAAAAUUGCAAAGGUAACUGGAUCACUUAUACUAGGAGGUUUUGUGUUCAUUACGUAUGAAGUCCUGUCCUUAAAUAAGUUAUUGAAAAUCGAUACUCAAGCUCUACAUCAAGAAAAACUUAAAUCCUAUGUAUACGUACGUACAGCUUCUCUAAGUCCAAGUGAAUAUCAAGGGAUUACAUACAAAGCCAGAAAAGAAAUCCAUAAAGCAGUGAGGAGAAUUCUAGAAACAGAAGCUAAAAUCUUCCGGAGACCUUUUAAUGAACAAUUCAGUACCUUUGAUGGAGAAGAUCAUGAGUGUGCCUUAUGGCUUCUCUUAAAGAGAAGUCAGUCAGAAGACAAAGCAAUCCGACUGCAGGCUGUACAAGAUCUGGCAAGCAACAGUCACUGGCAUGAUUAUCAGUAUGGCACAGUUGCUCAAACCUGUGAUCAAAGGACUGCUAUAGGUUUGGCUCGAUCCAAAGAUGUCGACCUUCGCUUUUUCCUGCCUCCACCGCCAUUGCCAAAAAUAAAGACUGAUUAUCCCAUCGAAGAUGAACUUCGCUUGUUGUUGGUAUCUUUACCUCAGACUGGUCUUGAUCCAUGUGUCCAGUACUUCACAUCACUUGCCUUACGUGAAAGUAGCCAGACUCUUGCUGCACAAAGGGGAGGCUUAUGGUGUUUUGGAGGAAAUGGACUUCCAUAUUGUGAGACAUUGAGUAAAAUCCCUUCAGAGACAGUGGAACUCUUCUGCUUGCAGGCUUUAGUACAGCAUUCUAAGAUUUCUUCUCACUGUGAUAAAAUUGAAGCUAAAGGAGGCCUCCAGCUACUGCAGAGGAUAUACCAGCUACGUAAAGAUUCAGCAAAGAUACAGAGGAACAUAAUCCGCAUUAUUGGGAAUAUGGCUUUGGAUGAACGUCUUCACUCAUCCAUAGUACGUGCAGGUUGGGUUUCUGUACUUGCUGAAGUAAUGAAAUCCCCACACGUCAUUCAGUCUUCUCAUGCAUCCAGAGCUUUGGCUAAUCUAGACAGGGACGCGGUGAAAGAAAAAUAUCCAGAUGGUGUUUAUGUCUUACAUCCGCAAUAUCGUAGCAGCCAGCCCAUCAGAGCAGACAUCCUUUUUGUUCAUGGUCUUUUGGGAGCAGCAUUUAAAACCUGGCGACAGCAAGACAUCGACCGGCGUUCGGAUAAAAAGGCUUCAGAAGGGGAAGAGGACUAUAGUCAGUGCUGGCCAAAGACAUGGCUUGCUUCAGACUGUCCUUCCCUUAGAAUCAUAUCUGUGGAGUAUGACACCCAUUUGAGUGACUGGAAAGCAAAAUGUCCUGUUGAGGCUCACAGGAAGUCUAUUGCUUUCAGGAGCGGUGAGCUGCUUGACAAGCUCAAAGCUGCUGGGAUUGGAGACAGACCUCUGGUGUGGGUAUCCCAUAGCAUGGGUGGUCUUCUAGUCAAAAAGAUGCUGGUGGAUGCUUCCAAGAAUCCAGAAAUGGAUAAAAUUGUAAACAACACCAGAGGAAUCGUAUUUUAUAGUGUACCUCACCAUGGUUCCCAGCUGGCUGAAUAUUCUAUAAAUGCCAGAUAUCUUCUCUUCCCGUCUGUGGAGGUUAAAGAGCUCAGCAAGGAUUCUCCUGCCCUUAAAGAGCUGAAUGAUGACUUCUUGUCUUUUGCCAAAGACAAGAAAUUUUCAGUGCUGAGUUUUGCAGAGACCCUACCAACACACAUAGGCAGCAUGAUAAAACUGCAUGUUGUACCUGUGGAGUCAGCAGAUAUAGGAAUUGGAGACCUUAUUCCAGUGGAUGUUAAUCAUCUAAAUAUUUGCAAGCCAAAGAAGAAGGAUGCUUUCCUGUAUCAGCGUACACUGAAGUUCAUUCAGGAUGUUUUAGCCCAAGAACUGUGAGACUGAGGUUUUGCCAUCCUUUUCUGCUUGUGUCCUGUGUUUGGUGUAACACAGAAACUUCUCCUAACAUUUGUUACGGGAUCUGCAGAAUUACAAGGGUGCUGUGUCAAUAGUAUAUGCUGCUGAAUAGUUUCCUGUACAUCUUGAGCUUUAGACACCUGUCCAGUUUCUCAAAAUACAUUCAAAACAAAUACAAACUUGGCAAAAAGUGAGUGCCCAGGAUAUCUUCUUUUAACAAAAAAAACCCCAAGCUUGCUUUGAAAGCAGGUAAAUAUAUACCUGGGGAUAAGGUCUUACAGAGAGGUUUAGGAACAGUUAAAUGAGGUGGUUUCUAUUGUGUCAAAGGGGAAAAGCAGCAUGUGAUUACUGCAAAGUUUUGGUUUACUGUCUACGUUAGGGUAGCCUGACUGGAGCCUGAAAAAAUAGUAUUCAAGUGAAUGAAUUUGGCAUUUUAGUCUAAUUGCACAAUUUUGUCAUUUGCCUUUUCAUUUAAUAGAUCACCCAGAUUGGUCAGCAGACACAGUAUCUGUUUUUCUGCAUGAAAAGAGACAGGUUGGUAGCUUGCCUUAGUUAGAAAAUUGUUGUUGUUUUAGUCUCUUCGUAUUAAUGAAAACAAAAGAAAUAUUCAUCUUCUUGUAUAUUUCCCUCCUAAUCUUAGCAACUUGUGAGAUUGCUUCCCUUGGGACAGUGUGUAUCUGGUCAGACAGUGCAGUUCUGUGCUUGCUCACACUGAAGAUGUGUUUGAUGGGUUCAGCUCUUCUGCUUUGCUCUUGGGACAGACCAAGAAAUUGGUACAUUCAAAUCCCUGGCUUGUGUUAUUCAUGUAGAAACUUUUCUGUAGCUAACUUUAAGAAGAGCACUGAAAAUGCUCAGUUGGAGCACAACAAAAUGUAGGCCCUGACAAGAAAGCAAAUGCUUAGGGUUUGGAGCUGAGGUAGAAAAAAGUAAAGCAGGGAAAAAAAAAUAUCAGGUGAUUGUAAGGCCUCACUGGAAAUUACCGCAAAUGUUUUGGUUUCUUGGGGGCCAAAUAUGUCUGUUGGUGUAGAUACAGAGAAAAACAGCAGUGUCUUAUUUGAGUUUAUGUUUAGGAUACCCUAACAGUACUGAUGAGAAAUCAGUAUUUUUAGACAGAUAAAAAAAUGGCAGUGCACAGUCACUUUUUUGAAGUCUUAGAUAGUUUGCACUGUGGUUAAAAGCAGCCUCAUGUUAUUGCAGUCUCUUUACUUCCUUUCUUUGCACUUUUAUCCCUCUGAAAACAAACAUGGGCUGUGUAAGGCUGUACUGCUUUUGUUGACCAUUUGUUAGAUAAGGUCUGUGUUGAUCAGGCUUGAGGUGUCUCCUCACAUCACUCCUGUGAGAUGGAUCCAAUACUACUGCCCUUCAAAUGAUGGCUCUGAAAACUGCCAGGGAGGUGGGCUGCACCUUGCAGCUCUGCAUGGGCUUGGUGCUGUGGGCACUGCAGUCCUGGCAGGUCUUGAGAGCAGCCCAGGAGGACACUGCAGCUCAAAAUACACAAGAGCAUUUCCCCCCCUAACUGAGAUGUAGUUAAGAACACUGCAUGGCAGUAUUUUGUAUAGAAAAUGUAACAGAAAUAUCCUAAUUUCUAAAGAGCUUUAUAUUUUUUACACUGUGGUUUAGACUUUGGAGUGUAAAUAUACUAGUACACUUUGUAUUCACAAAGUAGAGUAUGUGGAAUUCAUGGUGAAUAGACCAGGCAUCUAAUAACUGAAUGCUUGUUUCAUGUGACAGAUCUAUUGGUUUUAAUAGACUCCUUUGGCUUACACAGAUUCAGAUCAGUGACAUUAAACAUUAAGCUUAGUAAAUGUACCUGUGUUUUGUAACUGGAAUUCUUAAGGCAAUGUUCUCCUUUUUGUAACUUUAUUUAUGUAUGUGUAACUUCUAAAACUAAUAUUUGGUGGGGGAGUUGUUGGGUUUGGGGGCUUGGGUUUUAUUUUUUUGAAAUAUAGUAAUAAAAUGUGAUUUAAAAAAAUGUCUUGGCUAUGUCACAAAGUAUAUUAAAGGUUGAUGAUCUGCCAGCUGAA